AUGCACGCCGGGAAACGAGUUCAGUCGUUCUCUCAGUCUAUUGGCGAUGGCCGUGCGGCAAGCCGGGAAGUGGACUCAUCGCCACGCCCUCACCGCAUUGCAGGUGUAAAGCGACUCUCAAAGCACGCCGGGAAAUGGAGUCCAUCCGCAGUUCCUGCCGGGAAAUGUAGUCAGCUUUGAAGCUUCGGUGUAGUUGUUACUUAGAGCCCUGGAGUCUUCUGGGAACUGCAGUUCCAGUUUGCCUCGCUCAUUGACCGAGACUGCAAUUUCCAGGGGACACAGACCCCCUGGGGCAUGACACGCGAGCACUCGUCCUCUGGGGACUACAUUAUCCAGAAGGCCAAGCGAAGACACGCGUCCACCCCCUUCUCAAGGAAUGUCUGCAUCGCGCCCACCGCGGAGCGAGUGUUUCUGGGAAUUGUAGUUUCCCAGGCCAGUGGUGCCUGCUGCCCUCUGACGGUAGCUUAG